CUCGAGCAAGCGGGGCCGCGGUCUACUUUCUUUCGCUUAGCCUAAAAUAUACUGCACGGCGACGGUGAGCGAGUUCGCUGGGGUAUGUCGUCCGCUGUCCAAACGCGCGGUGCUGUUGUCACACUCGCUGGCCACAGGUCAUUGACUCAUCUCACCUCCCCUGCCUCCGUCCUGCGGGUUUCAGUUACCUUUUCAUAUGGCACGCACCUUCCUGUCGUUCAGGCCCGGCUCGGCGCAGGAUGCAGUAGCUGAGCGCGGCGGGGGCACAGUCGGACAGGCAGAGGUCCGGCAGAGCGAGAGAAAGAGAGGGAGACCGAGGGAAAGAGAGAGGGAGAGGGAGAGAGAUUGAGCAACAUGGCCGUCUUUAAGCUGGAGAACGUGGAGGAUCUCUACGAGAUCGGAGAUGUGCUGGGCAGUGGUCACUUUGGGCAGGUGCGGGCGGUGCGGGAGCGGGCCACUGGCUCCCGCUGGGCGGGGAAGUUCGUGAAGCUGCAGAAGAGCCCCAGCAGCCGCCUGGGCCUGGAGAGGCAGGCGGUGGAGCGGGAGGUGGAGAUCCUCCAGGCCCUGCUCCACCCCAACGUCAUGGCCCUGCGGGACGUGUUCGAGAGCCGGGCGGAGGUGGUGCUCAUCGUGGAGCUGAUCAGCGGUGGCGAGCUGUUUGACUUCAUCGCGGAGAAGGAGAGCCUCUCAGAGACGGAGGCCAUUGGCUUCCUCACGCAGAUUCUGCAGGGCCUCAGCCACAUGCACGGCAAGAACAUCGCCCACUUCGACCUCAAGCCAGAGAACAUCAUGCUGUCGGAGAAGGACGUGCCUCAGCCCAACAUCAAGAUCAUCGACUUUGGGCUGGCCCAGCGCCUUCCCCCGGGGGGGGAGUACAGGAGCAUCGCAGGCACCCCUCAGUAUAUCGGCCCUGAAGUGAUCAACAAUGAGCCCCUGAGCGUGGCAUCAGACAUGUGGAGCAUCGGAGUCAUCACCUACAUUCUGCUGAGUGGUUUAUCCCCCUUUCAAGGGGAUACGGAUGAGGACACGCUGACGAACAUUAUACGGAUGAACUACGCGUUUGAAGAGUACUACUUCCGCGAGACCAGCGAGAUGGCUAAAGACUUCAUUGAGAAACUGCUGGUGAAAGACCAAAGUGAGAGAAUGACUGCUGAACAGUGCCUGCUCCACCCCUGGAUCAAGCCCCCCACACGGAAGCAGGCUGCCAGCAGAAGUCGUUCCUCCAUCAACAUGAAGAGCUUCAAGAGGUUCAAUGCCCGGAGAAAGUGGAAGAUGUCCUAUAACAUGGUGCGGGCGUGUACCCGCUUUUCCCGCCUGCAACUCCUCUGCAACACCAGGGCCAAUGAGGACCAAGAGCUGAGACAGUGUGAAAGCGACCAGGAGGAUUCCGAAAACAGCCGUGUUUCCCUCAUCCGCCGCCGCAGACUGAGCAGCACUUCAUAAAGUCGGCCGCCAGAGGGCGCCAGAGCACCGGCAGUGCUGGCACUCGGCGUCGUCCUGGGGGAGACCAUCGGAGUUGAGCCCAGGGGGGUAGAGAAGAGGAGCUCAGUGGAUGUGCAGUCGACUGUAGCUGCACGUUGUUGGAUAAUUACACGCAAUUACACAUGGGACAGUCCGGCGGAACCAAUUCAACCACCUAUCUUCUGAAGUUCUUUGUCGUUGUUCUGCCGCUAUAUACCGUGCGUGGAGUGUCGGCUUGUGUUUUAAACUGCAUGAAAACGCCUACGUACGGGAAUGUUUUGAGUAUAAUCUAUUUGGGUGAGGUUUUGGGUGGGGGAAAUGAAAAUCUCCCACCACAGUGUUGUUCUUAAAACUCUGGGUAAAGAGUAUCGGAGGAAGAGAAUCGCUUGGGUUUUUUGCAUGCAGUUUUAUAACAGUGAUGUGUGGCCUUUGUAUGUUUAAGUGAAUCAAGAGCUCAGAAUUAUAUGCAGAUGCGCUUUCAGUUUAAAAUGUAAUUUUAAUCCAGUUGAACUCAAAUAAGAGGGAAUAUUGUCCCAAAUGGAUCUAAUCACUGUUGGAGUUGAUUUUACACUAGGGAUUUUGUUGGGUCGAUCGGGUUUCGGCUGUAGACGGUAUCGUUUUGGGAGUCUCACCUCAUAGCAUUGUUUUGUGUUGUGUGUGUAUGUGCAUCUUGUUUACUCAGCUUCGUAAGACAAAUAAGAAAAAAAAAUCUAUUAACCACUUGACCAAAAACAAGGGGCCUAUAGUUCUAAGCUCUAUGCAUGUCUUCUGGCGCCGGUUUGGUAAUGGGUAACUCCGGAAUGGACUGUAUAAGUUGGAAACGUGAAGCUGAUCCUGAUGAUUUUUGGGGCGUGGCGCUACCAAGCUUGAGUGCUGGCACCAGUACCAACCAAUACUGGCAGCCCUCUGGGGUGGUGGGCAGGUUGCCAUAGCAACGUCCAGAGGGAGGGUUUCGGUGACGGGGGGGCUGCUGACUGACAGGUACAUUUUCGACGAUGUGUGCAUCCAAACGUGUGUCAGCCCAGGACUGGCAGUUGACAGGUGCUAGCAUGCCAAAUAUGCAAGAUAUAGGAGGGUGGAUGUUAUGUAUCGUUGUUUGGACUGACACUGGAUUGUGUCAGAGUUGCACUCCUCGCCCGAUAUAUGUAUACAGUAAUGCCCAACAUUGGACCAACCAGGAUACCGAUCGCAUGAAUGUCAGUGUUUGCUAAUAAGCAGGAUAAUUCAUUAUUUUUGUAUAAUUAAAGAGUCUUGGCAUUCAGCGGCUUGACAGAUCAAGCUAUCGCCUCUGGCUAGUGACCUCUCUAAUAUGAUGUUGUGAUGUAGUGUCCAGUAGCAUGUGACAUUGCUAUCCCAUUCACUCAGCGAUCCUUGAAUAGUCAACAAAUCAAACUGAUGGCACAAAGACUUUAUCACUUCAUAACCUAUUAACCUAGUUUUUCUAAGAACAUGUGUACAUGUGUGAAUGGAGUGUCUUGACGCCUCAAAUGCAGCACAAUAUGUACUGUUUCAUUAACCAAGUAGCUUUUAACCGUGUGCAUAAGAGUCAGGGUCAUUAACAGACUUAGUAAUCGGUCACACUUUUAGGUUUUUAUAUGCAAUUUGCACAAGCGGGCAUUGAACAAACAUGAUGAAAGUAUUCAAUAUGUCCGCUCUUUGGUUUUUGAGAAGUAAGCAUUUUAAAUUUAUCGACCCGUUUUCAACCAGUUGAAAAUGUUGUCCUUGUAUUGCGUCACACAUGGAUAACUAUUCCCCCUUAUCCCUCCCCUGUGAUUCGUGACCCAUAGUUUGCUCCACUGGCCUCCAGGCAAGACAGUCCUAACAUUUGACUAACGUUAGGUUCACUUAAAUUAGAGUGCCUUUCAAGGACUAUUAUACUAUUUCUGGUUAUAUUAAUUUAGCUAGCUAGCUAGUUUGCUUUCAUAAGGUGACGUUAUCGAUAACGUUAGCGAUCAAGUUUGCUUUCAUAAGGACGUUAUAGUUGUUCUUUUAUCUUAACUUGGCUAGCUAGCAAAUAUUAUCAUUGGAUGGCUUCCUUACCUUAGCUAUCGAUAGUUGAUAUACUAAGUUAGCUAGCUUGUGAAAAUUCAGUCUCCCAAGAUGAGCGCGUCUUGGAGGUAGCUAUGGUAACAACAAUGUGUGGAAGGCUGGUGCAUGCUCUGUCGAUCAUAGCUAAUUGACAGUUCUCAUUACCAUGCCCAGACAGUUUGGGUGAAAUUUUAUAGUGGGAAAUUUAGGCUUAGAAAAAAAACGUUUUAAAAUACAUUUAAAUUACUGAAUAAUACAACAAUUAUGCACAUUUGUUUUGUUGUUGGCUAAAGACAACUGGCAAGUGUCACAUUCAAUCACCAUGGUACUCCUUUAACUUGUAUACUGCCUCAAUGGAGAGCAGUUUCCACAUUCCCUUUUAUAUUAGAAAGAUGAGUCUGUUAACUGCAAAAAUGUGUUUUAGGGCCAGUUCAUAGACACAGAUUAGGCUUUGUCCUGGAAUAAACAGUUCUGUAUGGGGAAACUUAGUCUAGGACUAGGCUUAAUCUGUAUCUGUGAAACUUGAGUUUGAAAAUAUAACUUGAGUUGAAAGUUGAAAGUUGAAAAUAUAACUUGUUUUAAGUUACUUUUCAUGACAAGUGAAAUUGUUUUACCCCGUUGGCAAAUCUUUAAAUGAGCCCAACUGUCUUUACUGAUUGGCAAUCUUUCUUAUUUAGCAAAAAGCAAAAAUGAAAAUUUUAAGUCUAAAUAUAAGACUAAAUACUUAAGACUGACUUAUUUUUGGGGGUUUUGCAAUAUUUUUAUUGUUUUAUGUUUUUUAUGUUUUCUUGUUGUAAUUAGCUUUGUGUGUCGUUCGCAAGGGAAACCGAUAAUAACAACAUUCGAGAUACAAGAAAACAGCUGGUCGUGUUCUGUGGGUGGAAAAACACCAAGUGCGUGUGUUACAACAGCCAUUAUCAAUCUACAGAGAAAUAAAGAUAGCAUUUUGACUUUUGAGCCCAGGCCAAUACAUUAUUCUGAACCCCUUUACAUCUGGCAUUGUAGCAAGACUCGAACAGUACAGACUUGUCCAAGACUUCAGGAAUGAGACUGCAGCUCCUUCAGUUUGUGUUUGAACGUUUUUGGAUGUUUCACAAGUUGCCUGAAUGUCAUGUCUUUGCAACCAAACUCCUACAACAUGUUAUGUUUCUUAUGAGAGUUGUGUAAAACAUCUAGCAAACCCAGCAUUUUAUAAAUCAUUCAGAGGAAUUGUUGUGACAAAUGUGGCAUAUGCAAAAAUACAAAUAAAUACAUGAAAACCACAUUAAGAA